AUGCCUAAGAAAGCAUGUAAACAUGUUGUAAAGGACGAGCAGACACCCAAGGAGAAAGACGAGAUCCUGAAGGACAAGUUGCAGAAGGAGGAGAAAAACACAACAGUGAACCUCUUGAAGAUCAACGAAGGCUGGAGGUCGGUUCUGCGUCAGAGUCGGGCCUCCCAGCUUCAUAAAGACAUUGACAUCCUCAAGCAGACGUUUGAGAGGCAGCUGGUGGACAAGGACAAUGUCAUCGAGGGUCUGCGCUGCGACCUGAAGGGGGCGGAGCAUCAGUGGGCUCAAGUGUGUCGGGUCCACCUGCAGAAUAUCGAGCAUCUGAGGGCUCUGCAGGAAAAACAGCUAAUGCUUCUGAAGCAGCAGUGGGGGGACGGACUGCAGCGCACAAACUCCAGUGUCAAAUCUGAGAGGAAGCAGAUGCUGGGACACUCUAAGAUGAAGAGUGCUGAUCUGGAAGAUGCAAAGCUCAUUGUGGAGCAGCGGCAUCAAAAAGUGAUCGAUGAAAUCCACAGACUGUUCAACGAAAGCAUUGCAUCCACCGAGAGGGCUCACGUCGAACGGAGGGCUGCUCUGGUCCUGGAUGGUGUGAUAGCGGUGAAUGAGAAGACUCGACGCAGGAAGGACAUUUUGGAGCUCCAGCAGAAAGAAGCAAAAGAACUUGAUAGACUUGUCCUGAAAACCCAACAAUGCAUUCAGACGGGUGAGAAAACCAAGACGAGGGUCCAAAAGCUUCAGGACUGUGUGUUUCAGCUGAGGAUGAAGCUCCAUUCUAAUAAGACAGAAAAGGAGUAUGUGGAACAAGACCUGCCAGCCGCCAGAAACAAGGAGAAGAAAAUUACUUACAAGCUUCGUGAUCACCUGACCCAGAGUCAAUCUGCAGCAUGGAAACAGCUUAUUGAGCUCACCGUGCAGAGCGACAACGCCACCAAGAAACUGAAGGCGGUCAUUGCUGAUGGCGAGAGGGUUUUACGUGUCGCUGAAUUGUGCCAGAAGCUGGAGGGCAGGCAGAAGAACGUCUUCAUGUCACCCUCUUCAGCUGAAGAUCGUCACAGAUCCAUGACGGAGGAGGAAGAAGCAAAGGAGUCGAGUGAGUUUCCAGAGUUGUGGCGUGUGAUGCGACACAUUUAUGCCACUCUGGUGCACCGAGAUGCUCUGAAGAAAUGCAACGAUGACCUGAGCAGAGAGAACCAGCAGCUGAGGCUUCUGCUGGGUCAGCACACGGGCGCCAUGACGGUCAGAGACCACGCCCUAGGCGGACGCCACGCACCACUCACUGUGCAACAAGCCCCGACCUCCAUGGACCUACCGGACACCACCAGACGCCAGACUGUCAUUGGGGCCGUUAACGUCGUCACACAACACGAUGACGUCCAGUAA